AUGACCGGACUCAUAUGGUUUGGAACGCAAGAUUACCCGUCAUUUACCAAGGCCAGGCACUCAUGCGAGCAGGGCGAUAAUUUGGAAUCGUACACUUGGACGAACUACGACGCCAGAGAAGGCGGAACACAAGUAUUGAAGGAUGGCUUGAACAAUGUGAAGGUCACGACGGAGCUAUUGAAAGUGCCAGGCGGGCGCCACGGUGGAAGCUGGGCAGUACGCAUCAAGGGAGAACCAUUGACAGAAACGCGACCGAUGCGCACAUCAUUCAUCUACUACGCCGGCAUCGAGGGCAUGGGUGGUCUUGAGCUUGACACAAAGCUGCCAAGCAGCGGUAUUGAAGGCGACAUCAAGUUCUCUGGCUUUAGCCCAGACCUGGACGAAUUCACCAUCAGAAUCGUUGACGGCCCGGAAAACACUGCUGUGACGAGUGGUCCAUACAGCCAUGACUUCGCAGACCGCCUGGGCAAGACUCACAUCUCUGGCGCACGCGUUCCAUCUGGCGACAUCUGGAAGGCAAAGGAUGUUCUCAUGGAGCGCAUGCUUGUUCACGCGAAAGCAAAGCUUGAGCCAUACCAGGAGAACAAGGGUCAAGCCCCGCCCGAUCCGUCCUUUGUCUUGCAGUUCCCUAAUGAGGUGGACGACGGCGCAACGCUGUAUGGAAUCCAGAAGUCCUUCGACGGCCCGUUCCAGUUCGAUGUAUUCUAUGAGAGCAGUAGCAGCAAUCACCACCUUACAUCCGCCAUGUUCGACGAAGUGAUGCCCGAUCUCACCACGAAGCUCACCAAGCGCUUCUCAGAGACGUUCCCCGUCCCGUCUGGACCCGAACACGACUCCCUCCAAGCAUUCUCGCAAGCCCUGACCUCUAACAUCGUCGGCGGUAUCGGUUACUUCUACGGCCGAUCCAUCGUCGACCGAGGCUUUGCGUACGAGUGGGAUCAAGAGGACGACGAGGAUGAAGAUACUGCGCAAUCUGGCGCUGGCUUCACAGCACCCCGUGCUCUGCUCACCGCGACACCCAGUCGCAGCUUCUUCCCGCGCGGCUUCUACUGGGACGAGGGCUUCCACCUACUUCACAUUGGCGAAUGGGACAACGACCUCAGCCUCGAGAUCUUGAAGGACUGGAUCAACCUCAUCGACGACGACGGGUGGGUCGCACGAGAGCAGAUUCUCGGAGAGGAGGCUCGCAGCAAGGUCCCAGCCGACUUCCAGACGCAAGUCCCGCGCUACGCCAAUCCGCCCACACUCACGAUGGCUGUCACCGCGUACAUCAAGCGCCUACGCUUGUCAUCAUCAGGCGUCUCCAACGCCGAACUCGGCCUUGACAACAGCGCCCAAGUUCUGCUCAAUGCUCCAUCUACUCCUCAACCCGGCCGCGCCUACCUCGCGGAUCGUGAAGCAGGCGUGGACUUCUUGACGUCUAUCUACGAGCCCCUCCGCAGGCACUACGACUGGUUCCGCCGUACGCAGCGCGGUCAACUGAAAGCCUACGGCCGGCGUCCCCGUUCGCGCACUGAGGCGUACCGCUGGCGUGGGCGCAGUGCCGAGCAUGUUCUCACAAGCGGUAUGGACGAUUACCCCCGCGCACCUGCGAAUGCGGGCGAGCUGCACCUCGACUUGCAUUGCUGGAUGGGUUUCUUCAGCCGGACGAUGCGUGAGAUUGCGGAGUUCAUUGGCGCUGAGGAUGAUCUUGCGCUGUUCACGGAUGUGGAGCAAGGUAUCAAGGAUAACCUUGAGGACUUGCAUUGGAAUGAGGAGGAGCAGAUGUACUGCGAUGUUGGUUUGGACGAGAACGACGAAGACUACUUCGAGUGCAACCGCGGCUACCUCUCGCUCUUUCCGCUCAUGCUUGAGCUCCUACCUGCCGAUUCACCCCACGUCGGCGCGAUCCUCAAGCUCUUACGCGACCCCGAGCACCUCUGGUCUCCCUACGGCCUUCGCAGUCUGUCCGCAUCGCACCCGCUCUUCGGAAAGGGCGAAAACUACUGGAAGGGUCCGAUCUGGGUGCAGAUGAACUACCUCGUUUUGCGUGCGCUUCAUACCACGUAUGCUGCUGAGGAGGGUCCGUACCAAGCGGAGGCUAAGGCCGUCUAUGAUGAAUUACGGGAAAAUAUCAUCAAGAACGUGCAUGAGGAGUAUGAGAGGACUGGAUAUGUGUGGGAGCAGUACGACGCGACGACGGGGCAGGGUCAGAGGAGCCACCCGUUCACUGGGUGGACGUCCAUGGUGACGCUUAUUAUCUCGGAAAAGUACUGA